UCUCCCUCCGAUUGGCUGGGUUAGGGUUGAAGGCCGGAACCGGAAGCUCCAGCGCCGCUUUUGGGCCUCGAGCCCCUCCGCUCUCCCCUUCCAUCUCCUGCGGGGGUUGUCUCUUUAAAGUUUAAGUCCUGGGGUUGGCGCGGCCAGACCACCGAAGCCCCCACCAUGGAACCCUCCGCGCCCGCGCUGACCGAGGAGGAUAUGGCCGAAGUAAAAAAAGACGCUUUAGAAAAUCUGAGGGUGUAUUUAUGUGAAAAAAUCAUAGCUGAGAGACAUUUUGAUCACCUUCGUGCAAGGAAAAUACUCACUAGAGAGGACACUGAAGAAAUUUCUUGCAGAACAUCAAGUAAAAAAAGAGCUGGGAAGCUUUUGGACUACUUACAGGAAAACCCUAAGGGACUUGACACUCUAGUUGAAUCUAUUCGUCGAGAGAAAACACAGAGUUUCCUGAUAGAGAAGAUUACAGAUGAAGUACAGAAGCUAAAAAUUCUAAAACUGGAGUACUUGAAAGGAUUGCACCAUAAUAGCUAUAUGCCUCUUCCACCUGGAACAACAAAUAGUCUGUCUAGGUUAGAUUCUAAUGAGUGCAAUUUCUCUGACAAGUUGAAAGACGGAGAAGCCACUGUUGUUUACCAUCCAACAGGAGAGUCCAGCACAGCCUCCUUCUAUUCCAACAAUUCUUUAUUGAAUUUACCUGUUGUAGAAGUGGGCAGGACCGAAAAUAGUGUCUUUUCCUCCACUCCCCUUCCUGGACCUGGAGACCCUGGAGCUCCUCCUCUGCCAUUAGAACCACAAUCAGAAGAAGAAGGAAACUGCAGUGAUCUGUUUCUUCCCUUAAGGUCACGUUCUUUUUGCCAACAAUAACAGCUUACCACUUUCUAAAAGCUACUACAGAAAUGUUUAAAGGGGUUUAUGAAACUUUAAGAAAACAGUUAUUGUAAAUGCUUACUAACAAUCUACUUUAGCAUUUUAAUUCUAUUUUUAUGCUGUGUAAAUGGAGUGUUAAUGCAUUUUUAGGAAA